GGGAAGCGGGCGGGGCUUCGUGGCGUCCAUCUCUCCCUGCGGCCUUGCCGGCAUGUUCGUGCCUUGCGAUGGCGGAGGCUCCGAUUUCGCGGGCUUCACGCUGCUUAUGCCAGCAGUGUCGGUGGGAAACGUUGGCCAGCUGGCAGUAGAUCUAGUGAUCUCCACACUUUGCAUGCCUAAAGUGGGCUACUUCUACACCGAUUGCCUGGUGCCGAUGGUGGGGAAUAAUCCAUAUGCAACAACAAAAGAGAACUCAGUGGAGCUGAGCAUAAAUGCUGAAGUGUAUUCAUUGCCUUCAAAGAAACUUGUAGUUCUGCAGAUCAGAUCACCUUUUAUAAAGAACAAGUACAGGCCAUUCUGUCAAACACUGCUUUCUUGGGUGGAAAGCAGCAAAUGUGCCAGAGUCAUUCUUCUGUCCAGCAGCCACGCAUACCAGCGUGAUGACGAACAACUUCUGGGGACACCACUGCGCUACCUACUUACACCAGCUCUUGAGAAAGCAAUUGAUGGCCAUAUACAGGAGCUGAAAUGGAAAGAAAUGGAAAAAGUAGCAGCUUACCCUGGAAUAAGUGAUACAGAAAAAGUUCUACAUAUUCCCGGAGGUGGCAUCACAAAGUUAUUGUUUACUGAGAGCUGUUCCAAAGGAAUCCACAUGGCAGUUCUUCUCAAAUUCUGCUCAGAAGGGGACAAUAUCCCUGACGCCUUUGGGCUUGUUAACUAUCUGAAUGAAUGGCUUCAGCUAAUUAAAAUCAGAAGAAACUCUUCCGCAGAUGCUUCUCCAGAGAGGGAAAUACCAGAUACUUCUUCACAAUGGAAAAUACCAAGUUCUUGGCGCCUGCUUUUUGGCAACGGUCUUCCACCUGCGCUCUUCUGAUCUGUUUGGAUUUCUUCUGUAAGUCACACUGGCAUAGUCUCGAUAUCCCUUGAAAAGAUGAUUAUUUACUGAUUGCCAAGCGACAGCAGCCUGAUUUGUUAUGUAAAUACAUUAAGAAAAACCUUUUACCCCUGCUAACUAUUGAAAUAACAGUAACUUGCAGAAAUGGAACAAAGAAAUAGGUUUCGCAUAGUUGUUUAUUGAAGAUUUUCUUUUUAAAUAAAAUAUUUUUAAAAACUUU